UUGGGCUCUCGGGGGAAGGACAGCACACCCCAAGUUGUGGGGUAAAGAGAGGAGACGGAGCACCGCCCUAAACCUGGGAGUUCCCGCAGCAGCAGGACCACCGCCCCGACCCACCAUGGCUGAUGAGAUCGACUUCACCACCGGGGAUGCCGGGGCUUCCAGCACGUACCCGAUGCAGUGCUCAGCCCUGCGCAAGAAUGGCUUCGUGGUGCUCAAGGGCCGGCCCUGCAAGAUCGUGGAAAUGUCAACUUCUAAGACGGGCAAGCAUGGCCAUGCCAAGGUUCACCUGGUUGGAAUUGAUAUUUUCACGGGCAAAAAAUAUGAAGAUAUUUGUCCUUCUACUCACAACAUGGAUGUUCCAAAUAUCAAGAGAAAUGAUUAUCAAUUGAUAUGCAUUCAGGAUGGUUACCUAUCCCUGCUGACAGAAACUGGUGAAGUUCGUGAGGAUCUUAAGGUACCAGAAGGUGAAUUGGGCAAAGAAAUUGAAGGAAAAUACAAUGCUGGUGAAGAUGUGCAGGUUUCUGUCAUGUGUGCAAUGAGUGAAGAAUAUGCUGUAGCCAUAAAGCCCUGCAAAUAAACAGAACCCUCAGGCUCAAGCAAAAUGCUUAGGUCUGGCUAAACCACAGGGCUUCACUUUGGUUCUUACUGUC